AUGAAGCUCCUGAUUGGUUUAGUGUGCGUAUUCUUGGCAGCAGGGUAUCCUUCCCUAGAGCCCUACAGCCAUCCUGCACCCUCCGAACCUCACCCGACCAACACAGGUUGCGGGCAUGGCGAAGUUCUACAUGUGGAUGGCACAUGUGUUGUCCCACAGGUGUCUCGCCAAGUGUUCCUGUUCACCUCCCCGAAGACCCUCGAGCCUCGUGGCCCUCCACCGGUAGUCCCUCCACCGAGAGUGGAACACAACAUCGUGUUCAUAAGAAUCCCUGAAGGUGGUCAAGGCCCUGAGCCCAUCGUGGUGCCGCCGCCCAGCCAGAAACACGUCGUGUACGUCCUCAACAAGCAGUCCGACCAGGCACAGCGAGUCAUCGAGGUCCCAGCACCGCCGCCCAGCAGCCCCGACGUGUACUUCGUCAACUACAACGAGGGAGACAACCCGACCCUCCCCGAUGGUACGGACAUCCAGAGUGCCCUCAACUCCGCGGUCCAAGGUGAUGGGCAACUCAUCACCGGCUCCGGGGGAGCUACAAGCAGCAGCAGCAAGAAUGAAUUCGCUGAUCAAGGUAAUAGUGACGGAAUUUUUACAAAGGAUGAAAGAAAUGAAAAUUUCGAUAUCACCUCUGGAAGCAACAGCGAGUAUGAGCCAAUUUUCGAUGAUAAGGAUAACAAUGAAUUCAUUGAAAGCGACGCUGGAACAUCCCACGACCUUAACGAGACUCCUGAUAAUUCCAACUCAUUUGACAGUAACGGUGUCGUUGCUAGCCAGAGUGUCAAUGGCGCCAGUACUGUUAACGGUGGAGUCUGGAAUGGUAACAGUUGGUAUAACGCUAACUUUAAGGGUGUUGACGUGUUUAAUGACCAGAGUAACGAAGCACCAACCAACAUUCUCGCUACAGCAGCGGUCGACAGCUUGGAGAAUACCUUCCGAGCCGAGAACAACUAUGACAAGUACAGUGAAACAAGUGGAUUACAAGGACGAGUUGUGGACGACAGAGACGCGGGUGUAAAGGCUAAUGGUAACAUUGUGACCAACGGAGUCAGUGGUAACAUUGGAUCCAACGGCAACACCGGAACCAAUGGUAACACGGGAUCCGAUGGACUCAAUGGUAACACAGGGUCCAAUGGAGUCAAUGGUAACAAAGGAUCCAAUGGAGUCAAUGGUAACAAAGUGUCCAAUGGAGUCAGUGGUAACACUGGAUCCAAUGGAUUCAAUGGUAAUAAUUUAGUCAAUACUAAUAAUGGAGUCAGUGGUAACGCUGUAGUUAAUGGACUUAAUGGUAACACUGGAUCCAAUGGACUUAAUGGUAACACUGGAUCCAAUGGACUUAAUGGCAACACUGGAUCCAAUGGACUUAAUGGAAACACUGGAUCCAAUGGACUUAAUGGUAACACUGGAUCCAAUGGACUUAAUGGCAACACUGGAUCCAAUGGACUUAAUGGUAACACUGGAUCCAAUGGACUUAAUGGCAACACUGGAUCCAAUGGACUUAAUGGUAACACUGGAUCCAAUGGACUUAAUGGUAACACUGGAUCCAAUGGACUUAAUGGUAACACUGGAUCCAAUGGACUUAAUGGCAACACUGGAUCCAAUGGACUUAAUGGUAACACUGGAUCCAAUGGACUUAAUGGCAACACUGGAUCCAAUGGACUUAAUGGAAACACUGGAUCCAAUGGACUUAAUGGUAACACUGGAUCCAAUGGACUUAAUGGCAACACUGGAUCCAAUGGACUUAAUGGUAACACUGGAUCCAAUGGACUUAAUGGCAACACUGGAUCCAGUGGACUUAAUGGUAACACUGGAUCCAAUGGACUUAAUGGUAACAAAUGGGUCAAUGGUAACAUUGUAAUCAAUGGUAAAAAUGGAGUAAAUAGUAAUAAUGGAGUUAAUGGUUACACUGUAAUCAAUGGAGUCAAUGGUAAUAACGGAGACAAUGGUAAUAAUGGAGUGAAUGGUAACAAUGGUUUCAGUAGCAACAAUGGAGUCAAUGGCUACACGGUAAUCAAUGGACAUAAUGGUAACAAUGGAGUCAUUAGAAAUAGUGGAGCCAAUGGUAACAAUGGAGUCAAUGGAAACAAUGGUAACAAUGGAUUCAGUAGCAACAAUGGAGUCACUGGUAACACUGUAAUCAAGGGACAUAAUAGUAACAAUGGAGUCAAUGGAUUCAAUAGCAACAAUGGAUUCACUGGUAAUAAUGGAGUCAAUGGUAACAAUGUAAUCAAUGGGCUCAUUAGUAACAAUGUUAACAAUGGUUUAAUUGGUAACAAUGGAGUGAAUGGUAACAAUGGAGUGAAUGGUAACAAUGGAGUGAAUGGUAACAAUGGAGUAAAUGGUAACAAUGGUAACAAUGGAGUAAAUGGUAACAAUGGAGUAAAUGGUAACAAUGGUAACAAUGGAGUGAAUGGUAACAAUGGAGUAAAUGGUAACAAUGGUAACAAUGGAGUGAAUGGUAACAAUGGAGUGAAUGGUAACAAUGGAGUGAAUGGUAACAAUGGAGUGAAUGGUAACAAUGGAGUGAAUGGUAACAAUGGAGUGAAUGGUAACAAUGGAGUAAAUGGUAACAAUGGAGUAAAUGGUAACAAUGGUAACAAUGGAGUGAAUGGUAACAAUGGAGUAAAUGGUAACAAUGGUAACAAUGGAGUGAAUGGUAACAAUGGAGUGAAUGGUAACAAUGGAGUGAAUGGUAACAAUGGAGUGAAUGGUAACAAUGGAGUAAAUGGUAACAAUGGAGUGAAUGGUAACCAUGGUAACAAUGUGGUGACUGGUGUCCACGAGACAAGGGGGGGCAGCAGCAGCAGGGGGGAGGCUGGGGGGGCGCAGACCCCCUCACGCCUCUACUACGCCCCCUAA